CUUUCCCUUCAUCCCGUCAGAAGUCAACAUGUCGCUGAGAAGUGAGGCAAGAGUAGACACCGGGGCACUGCAGAAAAUCGCUGCCGACAUGAGUAACCUCAUCGAAAACUUGGACACGCGGGAGCUCCACUUUGAGGGGGAGGAGGUGGACUUGGAUGUGUCUCCUGGUGACCCCAAGGCACAGGAAGUGUCUAUUCCUUUCUCUGCUAUUUAUAACACUCAAGGGUUUAAGGAGCCCAACAUACAGACAUAUCUCCUUGGUUGCCCAAUCAAAGCAAAAGUUCUGGAAGUGGAGCGCUUCACGUCUACAAAAAAGGUACCAAGUAUCAAUCUUUACACCAUUGAAUUAACACAUGGAGAAUUUAAGUGGCAAGUGAAGAGGAAAUUCAAGCAUUUUCAAGAAUUUCACAGAGAAUUGCUCAAAUACAAAGCCUUUAUCCGAAUCCCCAUUCCCACCAAAAGACACACCUUUAGAAGACAGAAUGUCAAAGGGGAGGAGCCUCGAGCAAUGCCAAGUUUACCCCGUUCUUCUGAAAAUCGGAUCAGAGAAGAACAUUUCUUGGGUAGAAGGAAACAACUGGAAGAUUACUUGACAAAGUUACUAAAAAUGCCAAUGUACAGAAACUAUCAUGCCACAGCAGAAUUCCUUGAUAUAAGCCAGCUGUCUUUCAUCCAUGAUUUGGGACCCAAGGGCAUAGAAGGCAUGAUCAUGAAACGAUCUGGGGGACAUAGGAUCCCAGGCUUGAACUGCUGUGGUCAAGGAAGGGCCUGCUACCGUUGGUCAAAAAGGUGGUUAAUAGUGAAGGAUUCCUUCUUAAUGUACAUGAAACCAGAUAAUGGUGCCAUUGCCUUCGUCUUGCUGGUGGAUAAAGAAUUUAAAAUUAAGGUGGGGAAGAAGGAGACAGAGACGAAAUAUGGACUCCGAAUUGAUAACCUCUCAAGGACCCUUAUUUUAAAAUGCAACAGCUAUAGACAUGCCCGGUGGUGGGGGGGAGCAAUAGACGAAUUUGUCCAGAAGCAUGGUGCUGAUUUUCUCAAAGAUCAUCGGUUUGGGUCGUAUGCUGCUAUCCACGAGAACAUUUUAGCUAAAUGGUAUGUUAACGCCAAAGGCUAUUUUGAAGACGUGGCCAAUGCGAUAGAGGAGGCUCAAGAGGAGAUUUUUAUCACAGAUUGGUGGUUGAGUCCAGAAAUCUUCCUGAAACGCCCAGUGGUUGAAGGAAAUCGCUGGAGGUUGGAUUGCAUCCUUAAACGGAAAGCACAACAAGGGGUGAGGAUUUUCAUCAUGCUCUACAAGGAGGUGGAGCUCGCCCUUGGCAUCAACAGUGAAUACAGCAAGAGGACUUUAAUGCGUCUCCAUCCCAACAUAAAGGUGAUGCGGCACCCUGACCACGUGUCCUCCACCGUGUAUCUGUGGGCUCACCACGAGAAGCUGGUCAUCGUCGACCAGUCGGUCGCCUUUGUGGGUGGGAUCGACCUGGCCUAUGGAAGAUGGGACGACAAUGAGCACAGACUGACGGACGUGGGCAGCGUGAAGCGCAUCACAACAGGGCCGUCAGUGGCCUCCCUCACAGCUGAAACAACAGGGUCGAUAGAAUCUUUAUGCCUCAAAGAUAAAAGCGAAUCUAAUAAAAGCCCACCCAUCUUGAAGACUGUGGAUGACAUGGAUUCAAAAAUGAAAGGCAUUGGAAAGCCGAGAAAGUUCCCCAAAUUCAACCUCUACCAGCAGCUGCAAAGGCACCACCUGCAAAAUGCAGACAGCGUCAGCAGCCUUGACACCACCUCCCGUUACUCUAAACCUUGUAGGAGUCAUCAGAAUUUAAUCCAUGGUUUAAAACCCCACUUGAAACUCUUCCGCCAUUCCAGCGAAUCCGAGCAAGGACUCGUUAGACCUAACGGGGACACGGGCUCCAUCCGCAGCUUACAGACAGGCGUGGGGGAGCUGCAUGGGGAAACCAGAUUCUGGCACGGGAAGGAUUACUGCAACUUUGUCUUCAAAGACUGGGUGCAGCUAGACAAACCUUUUGCAGAUUUCAUCGACAGGUACUCCACACCCCGGAUGCCCUGGCAUGACAUCGCCUCUGUGGUUCACGGGAAGGCGGCUCGAGACGUGGCGCGUCAUUUCAUCCAGCGCUGGAACUUCACGAAGAUCAUGAAACCAAAAUACCGCUCUCUUUCUUACCCGUUUCUGCUUCCGAAAUCUCAAACCACAGCCCAUGAGUUGAACUAUCAAGUGCCUGAGUCUGUACAUGCAAAAGUACAGCUUCUGCGCUCUGCUGCUGAUUGGUCGGCUGGGAUAAAGUACCAUGAAGAGUCGAUCCACACUGCUUACGUCCAUGUGAUAGAGAACAGUAAACACUAUAUCUACAUAGAGAACCAGUUUUUCAUCAGCUGUGCUGAUGACAAGGUUGUUUUCAACAGGGUUGGCGAUGCCAUUGCCCGGAGGAUACUGAAGGCUCACAGGGAAAACCAGAAAUACCGGGUGUAUGUUGUGAUACCGCUUCUGCCAGGGUUUGAAGGAGACAUUUCAACUGGUGGAGGAAACGCGCUCCAAGCCAUCAUGCACUUCAACUACAGAACCAUGUGCAGAGGGGAACAUUCCAUCCUUGGGCAGUUGAAAGCAGAGCUUGGUAAUCAGUGGAUAAAUUACAUAUCGUUCUGUGGCCUUCGAACACACGCAGAACUCGAAGGGAACCUGGUCACCGAGCUCAUCUACGUCCACAGCAAGUUGUUAAUUGCUGAUGACAACACCGUCAUUAUUGGCUCUGCCAAUAUCAAUGACCGCAGCAUGCUGGGAAAGCGUGACAGCGAAAUGGCCAUCAUUGUCCAGGAUACAGAAACGGUUCCUUCGGUGAUGGAUGGAGAGGAGUAUCGAGCUGGCCGCUUCGCCCGAGGACUUCGGCUACAGUGCUUUAGUCUUGUCCUUGGCUAUCUCUCCGACCCAAGUGAGGACAUCCAGGACCCAGUGAGUGACAAAUUCUUCAAAGAGAUUUGGGUUUCAACAGCAGCUCGAAAUGCUACAAUUUAUGAUAAGGUGUUCCGGUGCCUCCCCAGUGACGAAGUCCACAAUUUAAUUCAGUUGCGAGACUUUAUCUGCAAGCCAGUCAUGGCGAGAGAAGAUCCAGUCAGAGCUGAGGAAGAAUUGAAAAAGAUCCGUGGGUUCUUGGUGCAGUUCCCCUUUUACUUCUUGUCUGAAGAAAACCUGCUGCCUUCUGUUGGGACCAAAGAAUCCAUGGUGCCUAUGGAAGUUUGGACUUAGCAAGAAUUUAUACUCUUUUUUUUUGUGGCCCAAAGACUUUCAUCCUGAAAACCACACUGCACACAGUGACUUCCUGGAGACCUCCCUGCCAAAGCGGGCGCGGACACUUGC